CAUUAAUUAAUAACGCAUACAUAAAAUAGAAUUGCCACAAACAGCAAGACGAUUUGAGCUUGUAUUUUGUUUCUAAUUAAGAUGACUUUUUGUCACUCAUCGCUUUCCGUAGUUUGUCGGGCCAACUUUGCAUAAAGGUCGUUAACCUGUUGAAAUAUUUUUUUCCUUCCUCCUAGUUAUUCAGAAUGGCUACGAGAAAUAUAGCGCGUUUUUGGGAAUGGGGAAGAAAGAUAAUCUGCGUAGGAAGAAAUUACGCAGACCAUGCUAAAGAGCUGAAAAAUGCAAUCCCAACUGAACCCGUGUUGUUUCUUAAACCUCCGUCUGCGUAUGUGAAAGAGGGCUCUCCGAUCUUGGUGCCGCACUACUCACACAAUCUUCACCAUGAAGUUGAACUAGGGGUUGUUAUUGGGAAAGGCGGUACGGCGAUUCCGCAAACCUCAGCUAUGGAACACGUUGCUGGGUACGUCCUGUGCUUGGAUAUGACUGCGCGCGACAUUCAGGAUGAAUGCAAGUCCAAAGGUCUACCCUGGACUCUUGCUAAAGCAUUCAAUACCUCUUGUCCCGUAAGCGACUUUAUUCCAAAAGAUAAAAUACCGGACCCAGGGGAUGUCUCGCUAUGGCUAAAGGUGAACGAUGUUCUGCGGCAGCAUGGCAACACAUCGCAGAUGAUUUUCUCUAUUCCAUACCUUAUCAACUACAUCAGUGGGAUCAUCUCAUUAGAGGAAGGGGACCUUAUAAUCACUGGGACACCCAAAGGAGUCUCAGCUGUCCAGGAACACGACGAGCUUCAAGCUGGUAUUGACGGCGUUGUCACAAUGACUUUUAAAGUUGACAAGCUUGGUUUCAUCAACAAUUGACACUUGUAUCAAGUUUUGUUUGAUUCACAAUAAUGCAUUGUAAACUGUCACUAUAUAUUUUUUGUAACAAAAAAAGGUUACAAAUCACAAUAGUUUACUUUGCGGUCUCUGUAAAAAAAAUUUUAAGUUACAAUUUGUAUAUUUAAUUAAAGCAGAUUUUUUUUG